UGCGAGCGCGCGUCUCUCGCUGUCGCUCUCGCUCACUUGCCCACUCGCGCUCCCGCAAAAGCAAAGCCGAAAGCAAAAAAGCUGAUAAACGCUCGAAAGGCUGACAAAACCAAACCGAACUUGGGCCCAAGUGCAGUUUUAUUUAAUCAGUGUCAGUGUAUAAAGACGCGUUGUUUGGUGAACGCCGGCCGACGGCUCUGCGACAUAACAAAAAUAACACCAUCUUUUUUUUUUUUCAAGUCCUACGCGAGUGUACAAUAAUUAAGUUACGCCCCCCACCCCCCACCUUCAAACACCCCAACGACCCAUCAAAUUGUGCAUAACUAGACCUAUUUGAUGGCCUAAACUACAGACCAUAAUGGUUUUGGAGACCUCCGAAGGCGAUAGCAAAAAGUUCUUGACCAACAACAACUCGACGACCAGCAGCCGAAAUAGCAACAACAAUCACAGUCCCAAGGAGGCGGAAGAUUCCAGAGGGAGCAGCAACAACCAUACCGCCGCCCAUCGGAGUUCCAGCCAGCAUCUGCUAGGGGGCGCCAGCUCUGCUUCCGCAUCCGUUUCCGGUUGCGGCAUGCCCUCCGAGGGCCUCCAUCCGACGGCCGCCCUCCAGCUGUAUGCCGCCGCCGCCCAACUGGCGCCCGGCGGCGUCCGCGUACCGCCCUGGGGUCCCUUCCUUCAGUUCGGCGUCCCCGGCGUCUUUGGGCCCAACGGACCCUUUUUGGGGCGACCCCGUUUCGAUGCCGCCGCCGCUGGCAGCCAUCCAAAUUCCGCCGCCGCCGCUGCGGCCGCCACACAAAUGGCAGCGGUAAAUGCCAGCAAUGCGUUCGCCAAUCUAACGGGACUGAGUGCGGCGGCCCUGCGGAACGUGAGUGCCGCCCAAACGACGGCGGUGGCAGCGGUGGCCAGCACAGUGGCCACCAUCCAGCACCGACUGAUGAUCGGCAACCGGCAGAGCCUGCCGCCGGCGGGACCGCCCAGCGAAGGAUCCAACGAGGAUGGCGGUUUUCCCGGGGACGGCGACGACGACAGCAGUGCGGCCAAGCGCCGCAGGUCGCGCACCAACUUCAACUCCUGGCAACUGGAGGAGCUGGAGCGGGCCUUCUCCGCCAGUCACUAUCCGGACAUUUUCAUGCGGGAGGCCCUGGCCAUGAGGCUGGACCUCAAGGAGUCGCGAGUUGCGGUAUGGUUCCAGAAUCGACGUGCCAAGGUGCGUAAGCGUGAGCACACGAAGAAGGGUCCUGGCCGCCCCGCCCACAACGCCCAACCGCAGACCUGCAGCGGCGAGCCCAUUCCGCCCAACGAGCUCAAGGCCAAAGAGCGAGCCCGUCGCCGAAAGAAACUGGCCAAGGCGAUCGACCGGCAGGCCCGGAAACUGCAGGCCAAGGGCAUCACCGUGGACCUGGAGGCCCUGAAGGCCGAGUACAUAUCACAGCACAAGGCGAACGGCACUUUCUCCGAUUCGGAUCUCGAGGACGAUGGCAUCCAGAUCGACGUGGUGGGCGGUACGGAUAGCGACGACGAGGGCGACAGCGAUGCCGUCAGUCCGGUUCGACUUGGUGCUGGCGGAGGCGGAGGCGGCGGAGGCGGCGGCGGCGGAGGAGGUGGAGGAGGAUGUGCCUCCUCCCAGCAGAACUCAUCGAUCCAUUGCGGACUGGACGGCGAUGGCGACAGUUCGAGGGCGGGCAGCUUCAUCGGCGGAGGCGGCAGCCUGGGCAGCCCCAGUUCGGUGGCCCCGCCCUCGAUGCUCUCGAAUGGGGCGGCCGGCGGUGGUGGCUGUGGAGGUGGAGGUGGAGUUGGCUCCAUAUUUGGCAAGCUGGAGCCCAUGGAUGGCAAUGAGUCCGAGGAGCGGGACAGGGAGAACUCGCCAAAGCCGCUGCUCUUUCCCGCCAAGGCCUUCCAUCAACUGAACCUGCAGAGCAGCCAGCAGCAUCACGGACUGGUGGGCCAGGGUCAAGGGUCGGGGCACCAGCACAACCACCACCACCAGCACCACCUGCAUCAUGGCAGUGCCUCCGCUUCGGCGGCGGCGGCGGUGGCCAGUCUGGUCCACCAGACAUCACCCAUCAGCAUGCGACGGAGCAAUCCCUUCAGCAUCGAGUCCCUGCUGUUCAACAACACGUGAGGAAUCCACGCAAGGAUCACGAUCCAACCGAACGUCCUGAAACCUUUCAACAAUAUCCCCCUUAGUUUCGCGUUCCUAGAAUAUUUUGCUCAAUUUUCUACAACCCAAUACCCACACUAUAAGUUGUACCAUCUAUGUAUCUUCGGUUCAGAGCUUGAAUAUUCCCUAAGUGAUUUAUUUAUUCAAAUGUAUUUUGUAAUGUAUUUUUUUUUUAUUACACAUUGUUCCCAGAGAGAGACUAAAUUAGUGUUGUAAAUGAAUUAAUUAUUUGUACUUCGUAUACAUAUAUAUAUAGAAAUACCCUUUUUUUUAGAGUGGCUGAUGCCCAAAGCAAUGCUUGAAACAUGAAUAAUAUAAUUAUGUAAUAGAAAUUUAUUAACUAAGAACCUUUUUUUUUCAAACUGUGAGUGUGAAUGAGUGUGUGUGUGUGUGUGUAUGUGUGCGAGAGAGCUUGUGUAAAAAUGUAAUUUAAUUUAGCAAAACAAAAUACAAAUGAUGAAGGGAAACACAAAAAUUGCAUAGAAAUCCACAAGUUAAGUAAGCGGAAUUUUUUUUUUGUGUCGAAAGAAAGCAGGCUAGUAUAUUACAAAUAUGAGAAAACCCCCACAAUAUUACGUAUAGAAAUGCAAAGAAAACGGCAAAAUUGCUGCUAAAAAUUAUAUUGUAUCUAAAAACUGAUUGUCAAACAAGAAUAAAAUGCGAAUCUGUAAAGAGAGUAAAACCACAUAAACAACAAAUUACGAUUAUUAUUUCCCCUUUUGAUUUCGAGUCGAGCUUAACCACAAUAAAUAAAAUACUGCGCAAGGUCCCAAGCCCUAAAUCCAGCAAAUUACCCGAUUCCCAAUGAAAAAAAAAAAACAAAACCAACCCAAAUUGGGGCGAAUUCAAUAAACGGCAAU